GAUUAUGAAGUUUUGACAAUGCCUGUAAAUGAUUUGAGAGCUUUAAUAUUGCAAGGAGUUGAAUUAUAUAGAGAACAAAACCAUUUUUUGAAUGCAAAGAAGGGAAUGUUGAGUGAAUUAGACAAAAUAAUCUCUCGUGAAAGAGAAGAAAUUGAUCGUCUUUCAAAAGAAGCACCACCACCAUCCUAUCGUCCUCCAGAGCUCCCUCAACAACAACAAAUUAUUGAACAGAAACAGCAACAACAAACAAAUUUAGAGCUUCAACAGCAACAACAAAAGGUUCUUGACUUUUCUGUACCUCCACCAAAUAUUAUUGGAGGAACAACAGCUACAACUAUGUCUGGUGGAUUAAUAACUGGUGUGGGAAGUGGAUUAAUCAAGACAGAAUUUUCAACUCCACCACCAAAUUUUCCUCUAAACAAUAUUCAACAACAACAACCCCCACCAUUAUCAUCAUCUUCAAUUUCUUCCUUAUUAAGUAAUUCACAAACAACAAUAUUUUCCUCACCAUCUUCCCAACAACAACAAACAACAUCAACAACAAAUUCAUUUUCACAUUUUAGCCAAACACAAUCUUUGCUUUAUUCUUCACCUUCAAAAUUAUUACAACAACAACAAAAUGUUGUCAUUUCAAAUUCUAUUGCCAACUCCAUUGCUGGUCCAAUAAUUAAUACGGAGCAGAUUAAAACGUCCAAUUCACUACCUGACACCUCAAUUCCGCCUCCAAAUUUAUUGGUAGAAGUUUCACGGCCUCAUUCCUCCCCUUCUUCAAAUCCUGAUUUGUCAAUUAAUCGGCUUUCACAAAUUGCUCCACCACCAUCAACUUUAGCUUCAUUUUUUUCUGUUCCCCCACCACAAAUUAUAAAACAACCAGAACUACAACAACAACCAACACCUAUUGCUUCUACUACAACAACAACAUCAACUGUUAUUCCAUCUUUGCUAAGUUUAAUACCUCCACCUCAAAUUAUGAUUAAUUCUUCAAAUGUUGCCUCUUGUACUACUUCCAGUCCGUUAAAACAUUUGGAACAACAACAGCAACAAUCAACAAUUGUUACGUCUACAAGUAUUCCUUCUUUGCUAAGUUUGCCCCCUCCACAACUUAUGAUUACUUCUGGAAAUGCUGCUGUUGUCUCUUCUACAUCAACACCACCACGUCAACUCCAACAACAACAAGAUCUUCAACAGAAUACACAAGAUUGA